GUUAAAGCAGAGCUCAGUCUGGGUUAUGUGACUUCCCAUAGGUGUGUUAGAGAAUACGCAGGAAUUCAUAAUGCAUUGACAAGAGCGCGGCGCAGCGUUUCCACUAAAGAAAAGCAAAACCAAGGAGGACAGUCAAGGGUUUUUUUUUUUUACAUUCAGAUACUCAAGAUUUCUGCUUGUCAGCAUCGAGUGAGAACCAGCUUUCAUUGGAAGCAAGACAAUAUAAAUGGGUUGGAUUUUGCCUGGUUGCAUUUCAAACCUCCUACCAUCCGAUGUCGGAAGGCUAUCCCUACUCCACUUUGGAGGGGCAGAGCACUAAGCGUGACCGUGAUUUUGAAGAUGUCCCAGCGUGUUCAGCGUCCAGACCCCGGCUGCACAGAAUGAGCAGCUUUUCAGAAGCCAGACUUGAGGAGGCAGAGCUUGUGCUUCACUCAGAUGGCAGUGACAGCAGCCAGGACAGGAGAGCCCCCUCGCCCAGGCAGGGCUUGCACGACGACAUGGAGAUGACGAGCAGCGGCUCCAGCGGCAACGACUCCCACGGGAAUGAAUCUUCAGGGAGUUCCAGUGGGAACGGGAAGGAUUCAGCGCUAUUGGAAUCUUCGGAGAGCAAUAAAAGCGCGAAAUCCCAGAGUCCGUCUCCACCCAGCAGCUCCAAUGCAUUCAGCCUCCUCAGUGCCAGCUCUGAGCCUGACAACCCUUCCACUAGCGGCUGCAGUAGUGAAGAGUCUGCGAAGGCCAAGACUCAAAAAGAGUUGCUGAAAACUCUGAAGCAGCUGAAAGUACGCCUCCCUUCUGAAAAGAGGGCCAAAGGGAAAUCCAGCACACUGGCUACGCUGAAUUACGCACUGCGCUGUGUGAAGCAAGUCAAAGCUAAUGAGGAGUAUUACCAGUUACUCAUGAUCAACGAAAGCCAGCCCUCUGGUCUUGAUGUUUCCUCUUACACCAUUGAAGAGAUAGACAACAUCACAUCUGAGUACACACUGAAAAACAAUGAUAUAUUUGCUGUGGCUGUCUCUCUGAUCACAGGGAAGAUUGUUUACAUCUCCGAUCAAGCUGCGUGCAUCCUGAACUGUAAGAGAGAGGUGUUCAGGAAUGCCAAGUUUGUGGAGUUCCUGUCACCACAAGACGUGAGCGUGUUCUACAGCUUCACAGCACCUUACAGACUGCCGUCCUGGAGCAUGUGUACUGGGGCCGAGUCAUCUCCUCUAGACUCCAUACAGGAAAAAUCUUUUUUCUGUCGGAUCAGCGGCGGGCAAGAGCGAGCGGGAGAAAUGCUAUACUGCCCAUUCCGGAUGACUCCUUACCUGAUGAAGGUACAGCACUCCGAACACGCUGAGGACCAUUUCAGCUGCCUGCUGCUUGCAGAAAGAGUACACUCUGGAUAUGAAGCACCCAGGAUUCCUGCAGAUAAGAGGAUCUUUACCACCACCCACACCCCAAGCUGCAUGUUUGAGGAUGUGGAUGAAAGAGUGGUGCCACUGCUGGGUUAUCUUCCUCAGGACUUGAUAGGGACACCUGUGUUGCUGUAUCUGCACCCCAGCGACAGGCAUUUGAUGCUGGCUAUCCACAAAAAAAUUUUGCAGUGUGCAGGGCAGCCCUUCGCAGAUCAUUGUGCAACUCGAUUUUGUGCUCGGAACGGAGAAUACGUUACUAUGGAUACCAGCUGGUCUAGUUUUGUCAACCCUUGGAGCAGGAAGGUGUCGUUUAUCAUAGGAAGACAUACAGUCAGAACCGGUCCUGUAAAUGAGGAUGUCUUUGCCGCUCCGCCAUUUACUGAGGGUAAAAUAAUCGAUUCUGAUAUUCAGGAAAUCACAGAGCAGAUUCACAGGCUUUUGCUCCAGCCGGUGCACAGCCAUGGCUCCAGUGGGUAUGGGAGUUUAGGAAGCUACGAGUCACGUGAACAUUUAAGAAGUGUGGCUUCAUCCAGUGAGAGCUUUGGUCAUCUAAACGAAGAGUCACAUCAGGAGAAACCUAGAACAUUUCAAGAGAUCUGUAAAGGUGUUCACAUGCUGAAGAACCAGGGGCAGCAGGUCUUUAUUGAGUCCAGAGCUAAACCCGAGCCGAAGAAACACAGCUCUGCUGCUGAACCACAAAAGGACUCAAAAUUGAGGACCAAAGACACUCUCCUGAUCUCUGGGACUGGUAAUGCAAUAGGUAUUUCUGAGAAAACCAUCAACUCUGAAGAGAUAAGCAAUAAGGAACAGACUGUUUAUUCCUACCAGCAAAUCAGCUGUCUUGAGAGUGUUAUCAGGUUUCUGGAUAGCUGUAAUGUCCCAGUCACUGUUAAGAGGAAAUGUGUGUCCUCCUCCAACACGGCAUCUUCCAACUCUGACGAAGACAAGCAGGGUGUCACUGACGACAGCAUGCAAGUUUCUCAAGCAGACCCGCCCUUGUUAGAGCGUCAAGCUGAUCUUGCUUCGUUGAAGUCGCCUGAAAACGCUUCUGCAGCAGCGGUUGUUGGUGCUUCACUGACACCUCUUGCUUUACCCAGCAAGGCUGAAAGUGUUGUGUCCAUUACCAGCCAGUGUAGUUACAGCAGUACCCUUGUUCACGUUGGGGACAAGAAACCACAGCCUGAAUCCGAAAUAACAGAAGAGGGUCAGAGUGGUAUUGAACUGGUGGAGAGCCAGCCCCCUGCCCCUCCCCCUCCUCCUCCCCCUCCGCCUCCAGCCAGUGUGGUGCCAGUGGUGAGCCAGGAGAAGGAAGCUUACAAGAAGCGGGGCCUCACCAAAGAGGUGCUGGCAGCGCACACACAGCAGGAGGAGCAAGCAUUCCUCAGCAAGUUCAAGGAGCCCCGGGGGUUCCACGUGUUUCAAUCUCCUUGCAGCUUCUACCUGCAGGAGAAGCACAAGGGGCACAAAUGUGCACAAGGUACACAAACACCCAGACAGAGAGGGCAGGGUGCCACAGAACUCCCCUUUAAGAAGGCAGGGAGAAACAAGAAAACCAAGUCUAAGCGUUUGAAGCAACGUGACUCAUCAGACAGCACCUCUUCACACAAUCAGCAGCCAAACAGGCCCACUCUUGUGGGCCUAAACCACACCCCCUGGUCCCCCUCAGAAACCUCUCAGUCUAGCUACCCUGCUAUGUCCUUCCCCACGGUUGUGCCAGCGUACCCAAUGCCAGUCUUGACUGCACCAGGAGCUAUGCUUUCAGCCACCAGCCCAUCUCUGUCUGGCUUUGGGGAUGGGCAGAGUGCCCAGGACAAUUGCGGCCAAAUGCACCCGCCACAGUAUUCGGCACCUUUAGUUACUCCAAUGGUGGCAUUCGUGCUCCCAAAUUAUAUGUUCCCACAAAUGAACAGUGCAGUCCAUCCGUCCUUUUACCCCGGACAGCCCUCUUUCCCCCCACAUCCAACAUUCUCCGCCCAAGCUGCGUUCCCCGUUCCGCCGACAUUCCCAGGACAGCCCCAGUUUGGUGCUCCCAAGUCCAAUGUUGUCCAGGCGUACCCCCAGUUUCCCGGGCAACCGUUUCAUUACAACAUGCCAAUGGAGAGUGAGCAGCGUGAUGGGCCAUCCCGCUCUUCUACCCCCCAGUCGGUCGGGGCACAGGACCAAGCCUCUCCACCUUUGUUCCAGUCGAGGUGCAGCUCUCCUUUGCAGCUGAAUCUCCUUCAGCUGGAAGAGACGCCCAAGCGGGUGGAACGGCAGGAACAGGGACCUUCUGCCGCAUUCCUAGGGGCUGCUGGGACUGCAGGAGACAGAGACAAAGGAGCCACCACGAGCAAAGAGUCAGAGGGCCUGGCACAUAUUCAUCCUGGUGCAGUAAACUCGUAUGGAGCACCUGCCAAUAUUCCUAUUCCCUCAGGAUCCUUUUAUUCCAGGGAUCAGGGGUUAAAGUCAGAAGAAAACCUUGUAUGGGAUAAAGUGAGCUGUAGAGGUUGUUGGAACAUUGAGGGCGAAUCCCCAGGUGAAGGCCAGGUCAGUGAUGCCCGCUCCUCCUCCAGUGAUCUGAUUGACAUCCUGCUGCAGGAAGACUCGCGGUCAGGUACAGGGUCGGCCGCCUCAGGCAGCGGGAGGUCAGCAAACUCGGGGUCCUUGGGCUCAGCUUCCAAUGGAUGUGGCACCUCAGGCAGUGGAACAGGGAGCAGCCAGACCAGCAAUACCAGCAAGUACUUUGGAAGCAUUGACUCUUCUGAGAACGACCACCAACUGAAAGGCAAGACCGGCAUGGAAAAGAAAGAAGCUGCUGGCUUGGUUAAAUACGUCCUCCAGGAUCCGAUGUGGCUGCUGAUCUCAAAUGCAGACGAUUCGGUCAUGAUGACUUAUCAGGUGCCGUCACGAGAUUUUGAGACGGUUCUCAAAGAAGACAGAGACAAGCUGAAACAGAUGCAGAAAGCCCAGCCCAAGUUCAGGACGGAACAGAAGAGAGAGCUGGUGGAAGUUCACCCCUGGUUCAAGAAGGGCGCCCUGCCUGAAGCUAUCGAUGUCGCAGAAUGCAUUUGCUCUGUGGAGAGUACUCAGGGUGUUGCAUCCUCUGCCUUUGACGAGGCUACACAGGUCAUUGAACCCGGCGCAAUGAUCGAACCCAGUGAGGAGGGCAGUUUGAGGACACUGAGUGUUACAAACGAGGAGCAAAUGAAUGCAGAAGCAAGCCCAAUGCCCUAACAGCAAGAUAGACAAUUAAUGAGAAAGACUCCAGAAAUAAAAAAUGAUUGUAGCAACCUAGCAAACAAAAUAAUUCCAUGAAUCUUACCUGUUUGGUUCUUGCUGUAACUGCAUAGGUCUCAGAUAUUGAGUUUGAGACCUGCAAAUACAGCUAGCAUGUAUAUUUCAUUUUAAACAUAAUACAUGGGACUGCAUUGAAAAUUUUCCAGUUUGCAUGCCCUUUUCUGUCAGGAAGUUACACUUGCACUUCCUACGUUGUUUCACCUCAGCAGUCAAAGAAAAGUCAAAGUCAUUCUUCUGUCAAAGAAUACUACUGGCUGAAAGCAUGUCAGUCAACAGGGGAAGCAGCUGAUUGGUUAAUGAUUGGAAAUUCUAGAAGGGCUGGGAACACUUUCAGUCUCAAUCAAAGUGCAACACUGUGUGAAAGCAAGGCUUUCUGUGACCGAGUGCUGGAUCAGAUCUAUCGUCAUGUUUUAAAAUAAUUAAAAAAAAAAAAAAACAUUUUGUAUUUAUUUAAAAACUGCCUUUAUGAAGAACAGCAGUUUACAACAAGUAAGAAAUAUAUGUUUGUUUGUUUUUCAGCUGCAAUCACUUUUAAGUUGAGCAAUGCAACCACUUGAGAAACACUGUGUGUAUUGUAUGGUGUUGUGAGAUCAGUACUUUGGAGCAGGCUGGUGUAAAUGCAUCAAUUAGGUUUUAACAUAAAUAAGGCCCUCUUAAAAAAAUAAUAAUGGAUUUUAUAUUUGAUUAUUUGUUAUCUGGAUAAAUGUAAUCCAGCAGUGACAGUUUCUGAAAAACCGGAUCAGAAUGAUCCAGGUAAAAGUAAUCUUGAUCACAAAGUAUAGGAUUACAAAAUCUGGAUCAUUUUGAUCCAAAUUAAAAGUUUUGAAAAACCGGCCCAA